CCAAACAGGAGAGGAGAGAGUGUACAUCCUCACCUUGUUUCCAGUCUUACGGAGAAGGCAUGCAGUCUUGCACCGUUGAGGAGGAUGCUAGCUAUAAGUUUUCUGUACGUUCUCUUUAUAAAGGUUUCUCGCCGUUUCACCAACGACGGGCAGUGAUCCGUGCACAAACCAAGCAGCGGGGGAAGAUAGAUCACCAAGAGAAGUGGUUCUGUUUAUCCACAAACACCUUGACAACUUGCAGUGAUGGAAAAGGAGACCAGGCAAGAUAUCAGGUCCUGUUGGUUUUAUGUCUUUCCUGUCCUCAGAAAGGUUAAAUGAGCCGCCUAGAGUAACACAGCUGAUUACGGCAAGCUGGGCCAAGAAAACAAGUUUCUGAAUAGUCGUCUGUGAUGGCAGGUGUGGUGUACCCCAGACAGGCCCCUGUGGACUUAGACAUUUACCAAAGCUCCUACAUGGUCAACUAUAAACCGUACGGGAAGCACAAAUACUCCCAGGUCACAUCGCAAGAGCAAAUGAAGCUGGACACCCAACUCCGGAACAAAGAGUUUUAUAGGCCAAUCCCCAGCCCCAACCCCAAGCUGGAGGAUGGAUACCCUGCCUUCAAAAGACCUUUCAUGACUGCCAAAGACCUGGGACGCCCUGGUUUCUUCCCGUCACAGGACCUGGUGACCACUGCGGAGGACGAAUGCAGGUUCACCAGUAUCUGCCCUUCCAUGUACCCAGUUUCCCAUGCUCUGUACCUGGCCCAUGGUGACCCAAACCUGGUCCACCAGAGCGCCGACUUUCCAUGCCUGCUGGAGCCCCAGCGCCAGCCUGCUGCAGAGGAGGACAAAGGCUACAUCCUACUGCCUGGCUGCUCCUGUCCUCAUCACUGUAGAGUCAAGGUCCCCAUCUUGAACCGAUGGGGGCCCUUGAUGCCAUUCUACCAGUAGGAAGGUGAGAAUGCCUUCCAGGGGCACUAUGGAAAUCCUUCCCUCUGACAAGGAAAUCCCUGCUCUGCCCUCGGAGUACAGAGAGGAGAAGCGAAAAUAAAACCUGGGAAAGAUGUU